GACGCUCCCUUAGCCUUUCUGAUGAAAUCUCCUCGGCUAGCCUUGAGGAAGAAAAGAGGGCGAAAAGGAGGAACGGGCGCAUUUAACGGCGAAAUACAUCGCUUUAUCGCUCUCUUGGAGUGGAGUUUCGUCGGAUAACUAAGGCGUUAUAUGUUUGGCGCUUCGUUAAGCUUCACAUUUGAAGCGUUUCGUGUUUUAAAACAACGUCAGCGGCAGAUUACUCAACUCGAGGGUUUCCGUCAGUUAGCCACCGUGCUAAUCCAGCUAGCUAGCUAACUACUCAGCAGCUAACGUCCGGCGCGCUUAUCGGAAGAGGAGCUUCAGACGCAGCUACGGUCUACAUUAUCGAGAUUUAAGAAGAAAAAAAUGGCCUGUUUGUCGACAUCUGACUUGGAAUACAGCUUCUGCUUUUACUCGACCUUCUCCUGCACUUUUUCUCACGUCUCCAGCAAGUUCACAGCUCGACAGAAGCCCGGUCUUCCCGCCUCUCUCAGUAAUAACCUGAACACCGCGAGCUCCGGCGCCAGUAUGGGGGAUGAGUGCUGUCAAUGCGGGGCUACGAGCAGAGCUAACCGUCCAGACGUUCCCGCUGUUUAAGCGCUGCGGUAGAGGCUGUGGAGAUGGGACACAUUAGCUAAGAAAAGGAUUUCAGUGUUUGUGGACAGUAUUCAGAGCCGAGCUGCUCUUUUUUGGGUGUUUUUUGAAGGUGUCAGUUCUGUGGUAGCUAAUAUUUAGCAGUACAGUAACGAUAAAUUGUUCAUUAUUGUGUUUUUUUUCCCGCUUGUUAAGCUUAAGGAAAUACGAGCUAACUAGAUUGGUUAGCUAACUAGCCGGCAGCGCCGCGUUUAGCCCAGGUAUUUUAAUAGCUAGCUAAAUACAAUAGUUAGCUUGCUAUCCUAGCCUAGCUAACUAAUUAACUCACUAUAUAAUACAUAAGUUACUUUAAAUAUAGCUAAAUAUAUAUGUAUCUUUUUAAACGUUGUGGGUAACUUCUUCAGAAAAGCUAGCUAUUUAGCUGAUUAGUUUAGAUGGCUAGCGUUAGCUGUCAUUUACUGUGCCAAAAACACAAUACCCUAACCUAAGUUAGUUAUAACGCUAAUUUUGCUAACGCUAGCUUAUUAACAUAGCGUUAGCUAACUAGGUUAAGUUUAUCGCAAUUUAACUUUUUUUUCUCUAUAUCUUGCACCAUUACUCCAUAUAGUUUCUUAAAAAAACACUUAACAUCUAGCUAAGCUAGUUAAGUUUACAAUGUUUAAAAGUAUGAAUUCAGAAGAACACUUCUCCAACAUGGGUUCCCAGCCAUCCUCCACCAGCCUGGAAAAGGCAAACGUGGCUAAUGUUAGAUCUGAAAGCUCCUGGGUUAGUAUGCUCUCCACUGUGUCCAGGCCUGCAUGGACGCUUCUGCAGAAGUAUUUACCAGGAAGAGCACAGACCCCGAGUCUAGAGUCAUGGGCAGGCGAGGCUGAGCGGUCUAAAAUGGACAUGAAGAACCCACUUCGUAGCCUCAUGCCGGAAUCUCCGCGCAGAGCUCAUCUAAGCGUAGCCUAUGUGCACUGUCAGCACGACAGCGCAGCCUUCGUGACCUCCGGAGACUCCGGGGAGGCUCUGAGCUGGUUGACAGCAGACUCUUUGGCAGAGCUGGGUAUUGAAAACGCUGCCCGAUUCGAGGCGCAGCACGCUGCACCUCCUGCUGGAUACCUCAACACAGCGAGAAACUUCCUCGGACAGGUUUUGCUCAACGCAGCCACCACGCAGAAAGAGGCCACAAGCUCUGAGCAUCAGCCGGACGUUUGGUAUGGAGAGCCAGCUGCCAUAAGGUACACCACUGGUUCGUGGUGGGAUGGGCUGUGGGGAGCAAGUGACAACCCCCAAACUAAGGUGCCAAAUUCAUCACCAUCAUCAUCAUCAUCACGGAAUAGAACGUCAACUGACACAAAGUGGACGCAUUGUGCAGAGCGUCACAGUAGGGGUCAUUGUCAGGCAGCUGAGUGUGGUUCAGCGGUGGUCACUGACAUGGUGGACUCAAUGCCCAGAGAAAGUGCUGGACCUUCACAUUUAAAAGAGCCAGCAAACAAUGAAGCCCUUCACAUGCCUCGGCCCGAAUCCCUCCCGAGCUCAGAACAGCUCCCAUCACUUCACCAGCACAGUGGUGUGGGACAUCUUGUCUGUACCAGAGCUGUCGCCGCCUGCAGCGAGGUGGCGGUUCUGACCCCAGAUCAAGACAAUGGCUACUCCAGUCUGGAGGAAGAAAACGCAAACUCUAAGCAGCUUAUUAUGAGACUUGGAGGUGAGAAGCAGGAGGCUGAGAGGCUUGCAGCUUCCCAGGGGAGCACUGGGAGCGACACUGGAUGUGAGGGAGAGGGAGGAGAGGGGAGUGAAGCUGGCCAAGCCGGUGAAUCUAUUGAGAAUCCUCAGUCUGAGGAGGUUGAGGGCCAAGAAGAGAAAGAGAAAGAAGAACAGGAGGAGGAGGCCUCUGAACCUAUGCCAGUGGCUGAGGCCUCUUCACACCUGUCCACUCCCAGCUGUCAAAACAAGGCGAUUGCGUACAUCAUGGGCAGCCCUUGCAGUGAUGAGUCUGGCUCAGAAGACGACAGCGACUGGGAUGGCAGCAACGACGACGAUGGUUUUGACAGCGAGGGCUCGUCCCAAUUCUCAGAUUCCGAGGACCUAGAGGACAGCGAUGACGAGGAUGAGGACCAGGAGGAUUCUGAAGCCGACGAGUUUGACUCAGAAAGUGAGAGGCUUUGGAAUUCACUGUGCCAAAACAGGGACCCAUACAACCCUCGCAACUUCACUGCACCUAUACAGACAACUCCUAGGGCUAAUAAUUCUGAUGCUGUGGAGUCACCUGUCUCGGGGUUCCCAGUUGAAUCUGAGGACCCAUUUUCUGCCCCUUCACCACUGGUACCCCAGGAAGAGGAGUCCAGCGAUGAUACCUGUUCGACGGACGAGGCAGAGAACCUCAGACUGUGGAACUCUUUUAGCUGCUCAGCAGACCCCUAUAAUCCUCUGAACUUUCAGGCCCCAACUAGGACUCAAGAGAAAGCCAGGGGCCGUUGUAAAAAGGGGACAUCCCUUGGUACUCCAGUCUAUAAGAAAGAGGAGGCAGAGGAGAGGUUGGACAGUGGGUUCUCGGAGACAGCACCUUUACAAGACUUGGGAAGUUCCAGAUGUGUCAGACUGAAAAAGGUGACGUUUGUGGAAGAAGUGGAGGAGUUCUAUGCCAGCAGUGAUGAGGACCGCCACGGCCCUUGGGAAGAGUUUGCCCGAGACCGUUGUCGCUUCCAGCGCCGCGUCCAGGAGGUGGAGGAGACCAUCAGCUAUUGUCUGGCUCCCACUUUCCGCCUUGUCAUCUUUGAAAGACUCUACCAUAGUAGUUGAUUAAACUUGUUUGCUGUUUUGUGAUUGGUUGAUUUUUUCUUUUUUUCUGAAUGAAAAGACUGGUAAGAAAUGAUAAUAUAUAUAUAUAUCGUUGGUAAUAAUAAAUCAGGGCAAAAAGGGGGACAGGAAAAAAAAAAGUCUAAGGGCUCUUGUGUUACACCCUUACACCAUCUGUGCUAGUGAUUGUCACCUUCAUUUGAGUCAAAAUGCUAAAGGCCCAUGGUCCUGUGUUGGGCUGUGGUACAGUUUGCAGUUAUAAAAAGUCACCUGAACACCCCAAUGACCUGUUCUUACAUUCUUGAGUUUCUUUUCUAAAUAAAAGAAACUGGCAAAAUGUCACAUCACACAAACACACUAAUGGCUGUUCUAAAAGCUCUCUCAAAGUGGGCCACUAAACUGUAAGACUAUUUGUGAAAUUCGACACACAAAUAGGUCUCUAAACUGUAUUGGUGUUUGAAUAUUGAGUAUUAAAAUUUGCCAUUUGUAGUGUUGGGAUUCCCUGUUGCCUUCAUAUAUUACCAGGACUUUACUUGGGCUCUGUUAAGAUAGGUGGUAAUUUCUCCUUUUUACAUUUGUUUUAUUAUUGAUUGAUUUUUAAAGUAGAAUUGGAAGAGAUCAAAAUUAUUUUUAAUUAUUUUCAGUGAUUGCAAAUCUAGGUCAAGCUGCAGCAGAGCUGUGCAGAGAGUUGGAAUAAAAUCCAUGGGUGUAUUUGUACUUUCUGAGCCUGGAUUUAUGCACCACUCGAUCUCCGACCCUUUUCUAAACAAAAUAUAUUCAAAAACUAUUUAAAUGCUGGCAUGGAAAAUCCAUGGAAAGUCACCACCAACCAGUUUGACCUGACUAUUCUGUUGUCCUCAAUCAGUAGUGUUUUUUUUUUUUACUCUCCAGUCUGAUAAAAUAUAAACCUGAGUUGAAUGUCACAACCUAUCUAAACAUAGCUGUAAGAACUAGGGGUGGGCAGUUUGGUGGACGAUAUUUUAUCACAUCAUGAUACAUUUUGUGUAUCUGUCCUCUUCUAAGUAUAUUGUGAUCAUCUAUACUUGAAAAGUACAGAUGAACUGCACCUUUCAUUACAAAUAGUGUAAUUAAUCCUGUUUAUUGGAUAAAAAGCAGCAUAUAGUAAAAUAAAUAUAAAGAGUUAAAUUAAUAUAUUUUUUCUGUUCUUCCCCUUCACUCCCAGUUCUUUGCUGUUGCUUUUUUUUUUUUUUUUACCUCAUUAAGAAUGUCAUUAAGGGCCAGCCAGAAUGAAAAAAGGCAAAACUUAGAUUCCUGUAUAUGAAAUAUGGGACAGUAUUUAAGUUGUAUUUGCGUAUUUAAAUAGCUUUUUGUUUAUAAGAAUAUUCCACCACUAAGACAUUUUGUCUGUUUAAAAAUGUUACGAUACAUAUCAUAUAUUACAAAAAUUCAAUAUUGAUAAAUCUAUUUCUUUCUAUUUUGCCCACCCCUAGUAAAUCCAUAUCUAACUUCUAAGCCAAAGAUGAUGCCUCUCCUCUGAUCUGGAUCACGUAUAGUGUAUUUUAAAGUGUUUGUCCAAUCAGAGCAGGGGCAUAACUGCUCCAUUUGAGUGUACAACACCCAUAGAUGAACACACAGAUGGACACAUACAUGCACACGGUAUUAAUAGCCCGAGUUCAGCCGUGCUAAAUUCAGUAUCGGAGGCUGGUGGGAGUUUUAACGUCUUAGUGCUACACGUUUGCAUGGUCCUCUCUAUUUAAAGUCCUAACUCUCAUUAUCGUCUAUGUAUCUGACCCCAGCCCUCUCGACUUUCUAGUGCUUGAAUAACAUUAAAAAAAUCACUGUGUUGUUUCUCGUCUUAAACAAGGGGUUGAUGUCUGUACUUUUGAACUGUGGCAGCUGUGUGACCAAGUGGGUGAAAUCAUAUGUGUGACUAUAUGGAGAAAUGCAGGGACUAAAUGCAUGGUUUUUUUUUUGACGAUGAUUAAAAUUAUAUAUAUAUAUAUAUAAUUAUGCUUGAUGUCAGAGCGUAGGGUUAAUUUGUUAAUCGGUGAAAUUAACAUGAAAGUGUUUUAUUUUUGUAAAACAUUUAGGAGUUUAGUUAUACUGCAUCUACUCUGGGUUUUGUGACAAGAGUCAAAUCAGUUUAACAUAAUAAAUGAACUAAUGUUGAAAUAA